UUUGUAGUGUAGUUUACUAGUUGAGACAGAGCUGAGAAUACCCUGCAUGAUAUUUUGGAAUUGACAUCAAAUUUUGAGAAAAUGUUGAAGAUAGUGAUAUAUAUUGUAUUAUUGACUAGUUUGUCUGCACAGGCAGUAAAUGCUACAGAUUCUUCGAAGACUGAAGAUAAAUCCAGUUUACUAGACACAAAUAGAAAUAUACGAGCAUCAGAUAAAACAAUAAGUGAUAGUAAUAUUAUAGUUCAGACGUGUGGUAAAAAGAUAUCUUGUGGCGAAUCUCGAUACCGUUCAUUAGAUGGUACAUGCAACAAUCUACAGAACUCCACCUGGGGUGCCACUAGAGAACCCUUCGCAAUGCUAUUAGGGGAUGGUCGUCCAAAUAGUAUAAAUAUUUCUGCACAAGGAAAUUUGUUACCGAACCCGAGAGAAACAUCGCUUAAAAUUUUUCCUUCAAAAAAUUAUCUUGACCCUAAAUGGACGCUCAACACAAUGCAGUGGGGACAAAUCUUAGCUCAUGAUAUUUCUUUGACAGCUAGUACUUCUAUUAUUGACACCCCCAGCCCAACUUGCUGUAACAAUGAAGGCCAGUAUACAUCAGAAUCUGAUAGCAAUCGUUUUUGCGCUGCGAUACCAAUACCGCGCACAAAGAAUUCUUAUAGCGCGGACGCAAGACAAUGCUUUGAUUUUGUCAGAACUGUUACUACAAACGAUACAGGUUGCACAGCGGCGGGAGCUCCUUCUUACCCGAUCAAUGAAAACACAUGUUAUUUGGAUCUUUCGCUGAUAUACGGAGUUAGUGACAAUCAAUCAAAAUCAUUGCGAGAAGGCAAAGGAGGUCGUAUGCUAACUGUAGAGCGCAACGGAGGCGUAUGGCCUCCUCAGGCUGCAAAUGCGCAAGAAACAUGCACACCUUCCAUACCUGCUAACGAUACUUGCUAUGUAGCUGGGGAUCCUAGAAUUAACCAAAAUCCGGAACUAGCGGUCUUACAAACCAUGUUGUUAAAGGAACACAAUCGCAAAGCGGAUACACUAUCACAGAUGAAUGGACGUUGGGACGACGACAAAAUUUUCCAGGAAACACGACGCAUUAUUAUAGCCAUGUAUCAACAAAUCAACUACUAUGAAUUUCUUCCUAUAUUACUAGGUCGAGAUAAUAUGCUAGAGAAUAAAAUAAUUUACGAAGAUCCUACAGAUUAUAUAAAUGAUUAUAACAAUGAGAUAAGUGCAGGCAUAACAAAUGAAUUUACUACCGCUGCGUUCAGAUACUUUCAUACCCUAAUACGAGGGAGACUGGAUAUUGUGAAAGAAAACCGCAAUUUGGAGCGUACCCUAAGAUUAAGCGACUGGUAUAAUCGCCCUUCUGUAAUCGAAGAACCCGAUGCUUUUGAUGGCCUAGCAAGAGGCUUAUCCUAUCAACCUGAAGAUAAAGCUGACCAAUAUUUUGAUGAAGAAACUACUCAAUAUCUUUUUAGAGGCAAUAGUACUAAAGGUAGUGAUCUACGAGCUAUCGACAUCCAACGCGGUCGAGACCAUCGUCUCGCGAGCUACGUCGCUCUUAGACGCUACUGCGGACUUUCCGUGCCGAAGACGUUUGAUGACUUGAGCGAAUAUAUUUCCAAAUCUAAUAUAAAAAAGCUGAAAUCAUUAUAUAAAUUAGUAGAUGACAUAGACCUUACCGUGGGUGGGGCAUUAGAGAAGCAUGCCCGCGGCGCACUAAUGGGGCCCACUUAUCUAUGCAUUUCGCUGAUACAGUUCUACAAAAUUCGUACCGGAGAUAGAUUCUUUUAUGAGAAUGGAAACAAUAAGAAUAUCGCUUUUACACCGAGUCAACUAGCUACAAUUCGCAAAGGAUCUUCUCUGGCUCGUCUAGUUUGUGAUAAUGGAAUAAAUAUAAAGAGUAUGCAGCCCAGAGCAUUCGAACUGGUGUCUCCAAAGAAUAAAAUAGUUCCAUGCGAUUCCUUACCUUCAGUGGAUUUGAGCCUUUGGAAAGAGAAAAAACAAAAGAAGACCGGCGAUAAUAAAUGAAACACCAUUUUUUAACGUAAUAAUAAAAUACACAUUAAUCUUAAUUACUUUUAUUCAAUAUUGUGUUAAGCAGUGUCGGUGCAAAGAGAUUUAAAUAUCCUACCCACGUCUACUUUACCUCCGACAAUAUUCUGCUU